AUGGAGGAAGCAACGGUAAGAAAUCUUGUGACUAAUAUCGACAGAUCAAAAUUGAUAGACGCAGAGAAACAUAUAAAAACCUUUUUAAUCGUGUGGUUAAUUGAUGAAGUAUAUUCACAACGAAAUGAAAGCGAUAACAACUUUGAAGUGUUCAUUGGAUUACAAAAUAUUAAGCAACGCGUCUAUAAAUAUCACAGUGUGGAAAAAUGUAUUGGAAAACUUCAGAAAAAGUCUAAUCAAAGCGUUUUUUUGAUUAUAUCACAUAAUAUAUCGUUGGAUGACGAAGACAACUCGAUACUUUACGGCCUUCCUCAAGUCGAUUUUAUUUAUCAAUUUGGAUCUGAAAUGCCUUGGAAAAAGAUAAGAGGUGAAGUGGUUGACAAUGAUAGUCAACAGUCGCCGGAAGAAGAAGCAACAUCAAUUUCUGAAUUGCCAUUCAGUGAAAUCACAGCUUCGACAGACGAUCAAGAUAUUAAAAUGCAAAUAUUUGUCAUGGAACAAUUACUUGUCGAGCUCUUGCUUCGUGUUGCGUCCGGAAAUGAAGGAAAAAAAGAUUUUAUUCAUUUCUGUCUUGACAAAUACCAGUUCAACAACUCGUAUAUAAAUGAAAUUCGUGAGUUUGAAAAAGAUUAUUCUGAAAACAAAGCUAUAUGGUGGUAUACCGGUGAAACAUUUGUCUAUCACAUUCUUAGUAAAACCUUUGGUACAAGCAAUCUCAAUUUUAUAUACAAAAUUCGGUUUUUUACUUCCGAACUCUACUCAGAAUUGAAAGAACUUUAUCAUUUGCAAUUACCGACGUUACUAAAAACACCAUUGAACGUAUUUCGAGGAGUCUCUAUUCCAAAAACCGACUUUGAUUGUCUGCGAAGAAGUUUUGGAAAACUUGUUAUUACCAAUUCGUUUUCGUCCACGAGCACUAAAAAAGAGGUGGCUACUGGUUUUUCUAGCUAUAAUGUCUCAGCGAAGGACAGUGUUUCAGUUAUAUUUUGCAUGAAAAUCAAUGUUCAGCAGAACACAUCAAAACCAAUUGCAUCUAUAAAAGAUCACAGUCAGAUGGAAGAUGAAGAUGAAGUACUAUUGUCCAUCGGGAUUGUGUUUCGUAUGAUUUCUAGCAGAAAAAUUGCGAAAAACAAAUGGGAAAUUGAUUUGGUAAGAGGUACAGAAGAAGAACAGUUUGUGGAAAAAUUUCAUAGUAAUCUGCCAACAGCGGAGACCAAUGCAUUGAUAACUAUGCUAGCGUUUCUGGCAACUAUAAGUAGUGCUCAAGACUUCGUGAAAUACUCCCGACAUCUAGCCGCUAAGCUGAAUUCGACAUAUGCAAUUCCGAACCACGCAGGGACUGAAGAGAACAUAUCUGCAUCUCAUGAUCCGAUGCCCUCAAAAAUAUCCAUGCCAGUAAGUGCAUUGAGGAAUGUUGAUGAUUUCCCUUGAUUUCACCCAUCAGAGUGAACGAAGGAUGGACGUGCGUAAUAUAUUACAGCAUAACACAGUUUUCAACUCGUAACAUGUUUUUAAACUCGUACGAGUUCAAAACAGCCUCCCCAGCCUCCCCUAUACUAUAUUACAGCAUAACACAGUUUUCAACUCGUAACAUGUUUUUAAACUCGUACGAGUUCAAACAG